AUGUCUAGCAACAGUUUUGGAAAGGUAUUUCAGGUAAGCACUUACGGUGAAUCUCAUGGCGUGGCCAUUGGUGUGACCAUCGAUGGCUGUCCAUCAGGGGUUGACUUCGAUUUAGAAUUGGUGCAGCGUGAUUUAGAUAGGAGGAGACCUGGCCAGUCGAAAAUAGUAACCCAACGUAAAGAGAGCGACACCGUCCAAUUGCUGUCUGGCGUUUUUGAAAAUAAGACAACGGGUACUCCGAUUGCGAUGGUGAUCUACAAUGAAGAUCAACGCUCAAAAGAUUAUUCUCACAUAUCUGAGAAAUACCGACCCUCUCACGCAGAUUUUACGUACCAAGAAAAAUACGGUAUUCGUGAUUAUCGGGGAGGUGGGAGAUCCUCUGCCAGAGAAACAGCGGCUAGAGUAGCUGCGGGAGCCGUCGCGAAGCAGGUGUUACGGCAAGCGCAUGAUGUUGAGAUUUUUGCUUACGUAGAUCAAGUGGGCGAUCUUAUUUUAAAGAAAGAUCACACAGAAGUCGACCUUUCGUUGAUAGAAAAUAGCAUGGUGCGAUGUCCAGAUCCCGAUACCGCAGCGGCGAUGGAAGAUCUGAUUAAGGGUGUUCGUAAAGAUGGUGAUACCAUAGGGGGCGUCGUGAAGGGGCUCGUAAAGGGAUGCCCUGUGGGCUUGGGAGCCCCGGCAUUUGACAAGCUUCAUGCCGAUCUAGCCAAGGCCAUGUUGAGUAUCAACGCUUGCAAAGGGUUUGAAUACGGGUCGGGAUUUAGUGGCGUGACCAUGCGGGGCUCGCAGCACAAUGAUCGCUUUGUUAAGCAUGGAGAAGAUGUAGCGACCACCUCUAAUUUUUCUGGUGGCAUUCAGGGUGGUAUUUCGAAUGGUAUGGAUAUUUAUUUUCGUGUCGCAUUUAAGCCAGUAGCUACAUUAAUGCAAGACCAACCCAGCAUUGAUCAGCAUGGGGAUGAAACCAUCGUCAGCGGCAAAGGUCGACAUGACCCUUGUGUGGUACCACGAGCAGUCGCUAUCGUUGAGGCGAUGGCAGCACUUGUAUUGGUAGACCACAUGUUACGCAGUAGAACAGUUAGGCUGUAA